AUGGACGGCGUUAUGCUUCCCUGGCUGCAAUGGGACACUCCAGACGACACUGGUGCUGCUCUAACACGCCUUAACAUGGCGCCACACACGCCAAUUACAAAGCCGAAUCAAUGGGAAUCCGGUGCAGCUCAGGAUUCAUCGAGCGGGCGAGAAACAGCCAGCAUUGGUACCAUAAGUAGCAGAGGAAGUUGGAGCCCAUAUGAGUCAGCCACAAAGCCUGUGAAUCACGUAAGAACACUGAAGAUAGAUGUGGGUGAGUAUCUGAAGCGACCUAACAGUGAGGAUAUGCAAAAUGAAACGUGGAAGCUAAGGUUCAGAAUGAGUUCGGGAAGUCUUGUGUUAUCGUAG